CCUUCCAGGCUUGGUUAGAGCGUGUGGCCUCCAUGUCUUUACGCCGGUGUGCCCUGCUGUGGGCCCGGCUCCCGGUGGGGCGACGGGCCGGCCAGCGGGCGGCCGUGUGCUCUCCCGUGGGCGCCCACCUGGGAGCCUUUCCUGGGCCGCUGGGGCGCGCUCCCGCCCUCGCCGCCUCCUCGGCGUCGGGUGGCUCCAAAGCCCCGAACACGUCCUUGUUCGUGCCCCUGACUGUGAAACCUCAGGGCCCCAGCGCCGAUGGCGACGUCGGGGCCGAGCUGACCAGGCCUCUGGACAAGAAUGAAGUAAAGAAGAUCUUAGACAAGUUUUAUAAAAGGAAAGAAAUUCAAAAACUGGGUGCUGAUUAUGGACUCGACGCUCGUCUGUUUCACCAAGCUUUCAUCAGCUUCAGAAAUUACAUUCUGCAGUCUCAUUCCCUGGAUGUGGACAUUCACAUUGUUUUGAAUGACAUUUGCUUCAGUGCAGCCCAUGUGGAUGACUUAUUUCCAUUUUUCCUGAGACAUGCCAAACAAAUAUUUCCUGUGUUGGAGUGUAAGGAUGAUCUACGUAAAAUCAGUGACUUAAGAAUACCACCUAACUGGUACCCAGAAGCCAGAGCCAUACGUCGGAAGAUAGUAUUUCAUUCGGGCCCCACAAACAGUGGAAAGACUUACCACGCGAUCCAGAAAUACUUCUCAGCCAAGUCUGGAGUAUAUUGUGGCCCUUUAAAAUUACUGGCCCAUGAGAUCUUCGAAAAGAGUAAUACUGCUGGCAUACCAUGUGACUUGGUGACAGGCGAAGAGCGUGUGACAGUGGCGGCCGAUGGCAGACAAGCUGCCCAUGUUUCCUGUACUGUUGAGAUGUGCAGUGUUACUACUCCUUAUGAAGUGGCUGUAAUAGAUGAAAUUCAGAUGAUUAGAGAUCCUGCCAGAGGAUGGGCCUGGACCAGAGCACUCCUAGGACUCUGUGCUGAAGAAGUUCAUUUAUGUGGAGAAUCUGCUGCUAUCGAUCUGGUCACUGAGCUGCUCUACACAACUGGGGAGGAGGUGGAGGUUCAAAGCUAUGAGAGGCUAACUCCCAUCUCCAUUCUGGACCAUGCUCUAGAAUCUUUAGAUAACCUUCGGCCUGGAGACUGCAUUGUUUGUUUUAGCAAGAAUGACAUUUAUUCUGUGAGUCGACAGAUUGAAAUUCGAGGGUUGGAAUCAGCUGUUAUAUAUGGCAGUCUCCCACCUGGGACCAAACUUGCUCAAGCAAAAAAAUUUAAUGAUCCUAAUGAUCCAUGUAAAAUCCUGGUUGCCACAGAUGCAAUUGGCAUGGGGCUUAAUUUGAGCAUAAGGAGAAUCAUAUUUUACUCCCUUAUAAAGCCCAGUAUCAAUGAAAAGGGAGAGAAAGAACUAGAACCAAUCACUACCUCGCAAGCUCUGCAGAUUGCUGGAAGAGCUGGGAGGUUCAGCUCACAGUUUAAAGAAGGAGAAGUGACAACUAUGAAUCGAGAAGACCUCAGUUUAUUAAAGGAAAUUUUGAAUAGGCCUUUGGAUCCAAUAAAGGCAGCCGGUCUUCAUCCAACUGCUGAGCAGAUUGAAAUGUUUGCCUACCAUCUCCCGGAUACAACCCUUUCUAAUCUCAUUGAUAUUUUUGUAGACUUUUCACAAGUUGAUGGACAGUACUUUGUCUGCAAUAUGGAUGAUUUUAAAUUUUCUGCAGAGUUGAUCCAGCAUAUUCCAUUAAGUCUGCGAGUGAGGUAUGUGUUCUGCACAGCUCCUAUCAACAAGAAGCAGCCUUUUGUCUGUUCUUCAUUGUUACAGUUUGCCAGGCAGUUUAGCAGAAAUCAGCCACUGACCUUUGCAUGGUUACGCCGAUACAUCAAAUGGCCUUUACUUCCACCUAAAAAUAUUAAGGACCUUAUGGAUCUUGAAGCUGUCCAUGAUGUUUUGGAUCUUUACCUGUGGCUGAGCUACCGAUUUAUGGAUAUGUUUCCAGAUGGCAGCGUUGUUCGAGACCUCCAGAAAGAACUAGAUAAGAUUAUCCAAGAUGGUGUGCACAACAUCACCAAACUGAUUAAAAUCUCUGAGUCACGGAAGCUAUUGAAUUUGGAGAGCUUGUCGGGAACCUUGAAGAACCAAUCAAGAAGGUUACGCAGCACCAAAACUACAGUAGGCAAAGCUGCUGAGCCUCCCAGCACCAGUGCCAGCGAGAUCUCCCUGGCUUCCAGGCUGGUGAAACAAGGACUCCUCACUCCAGACAUGCUGAAGCAGCUUGAGAAAGAGUGGCUGACUCAGCAAACUGAACAGAAUAAAGAAAGAACUGAGCCUGGACUUAACUCAAAAGGGUCAAGAAGGAAGAAGAAGGAACCCAAUUCUGAAUAGAUUUUUUUGUUUUUUAGUUU